AUGUUCAAAACAGCAUAUCUAAAGUACAACAUAGACACAUUGUUGCCAAACAAGCUGCCAAACAAUCAUUAUUACCUCUCUGUGGUGGGGCUUGUUGAACAUACAUUGGUUGUGAAGGGUGUUGUUGAUUCUGAUAGGGAUAAUACUGUUGCUGUUGCUGUUGUUGUUGGUAGGGAGGUUGCAGUUGCAGUUGCGGUUGCGGUUGAGAUUGAUAAUACUGACCUUGUUGAGGAGGAAGCCCUCGAGUAUUGGAUUGUUGAUUUAUUUGAGUAUUGUUGGACAAAUAUUGUUUAG